GACUGAGUCCAAUCCAAGACACAUUCUUUCCAUCUCGGCUUUUGCUCAGCUAUGGCAGCUUCUUCCUUCUGGAUUUGCAGGGACUUUGGGGCCACCCUGGGGCUCUUGCUUGUAGUCACAGGUAUGACAAUCACCAAAGCUUCUAGUGAAAGAAAUAACAUUUCUCAAAAACAAGAUACAACCACUUUCAUGAAUGUGAUAAAUACACGUUUCAUUGCUGCAAGAGGCGGGGCUCGAAUUUCCCUUAGCUGUUCUUUUGACUCUCUGGCAAGUUGGUAUAAAGAGAUUGAGCAGGAGGAAUACCAGGAGAUUAUGAACAGUUCCAGAGUCCAUGUGACCAGAAAUAAUUCAGUGGUAAUGAUGCAGAUCAACAAACUCCAGCACACCGACAGUGGUAUCUACCACUGUAGGAUCAAGGCCUCAAGGAAGCCCUCCUGUGGUACAGAACUCAAAGUCAUGGGUAUCAGCACCUAUGAGCAAGUGCAGAGUCGGCACAACGUGAAAGAUGCUAUCAUCUUAAUCCAGACAAUUCUUCUUGUCCUUUUUGUGAGCAUGCCUGUCUUCCUAACCCAAGGGAAGGGUGACAGAAAAGAUGCCUCUGGGGAAGAACAUACUUAUGAGGGACUGACGGUUGAACUAGCUGAUACGUAUGAAGACAUUGGUGCUUACCAAGACAGACCAGAGAAGUGGGAUUUGGGGGAACAUCCAUGUGAAGAAUGAAAAGGCUAGCAGCUUGGUCGGCCACAGCUGACUUAACCAAAGGGGCACCAAUUCCUGGGGCAACCAGGUUCCACUAUAAAAAUUCCACUCUAGAGAAGCUUUAAAAAUAUGCUUAUCUCUUGCUUGCGGCUGAUCUGCUAGAAACUACUAAAAAACAGCAUUCACACUCUCCAGAUUCCCUGGGACAGUUGAGUCAAGGACAUACAAAUGGGGAGAAGGGAGAAGACAGGCAGACUCAAUUUGAGGCACACCAUAAAAAUGAAAGCAGAAAGAGCUGAGAAGAGAAAUGAAUGUGUGAGUAGAUGGGCUUUCUGGCUUGAGUUUGCUCUAUAUUUCCUUCCCCAAAUGACACCUUCUUAAUUGGUUUCCCACUCUCACUCAUAACUGGCUAGGCAGCAAAGGAUUGAAUCUGAUAACCUAAGAUCUAACAUCACAUUGCUUCAAUUUCUUUAACCCAAGAUACUCCAGAUUGUCUGGGAGCGGGACUACUGCUCCCAAAAUUCCUUACCAAGAUGGCUAUGGUGAAAAUAUCUGGAAUAUAUUAGUUAUAGGACACAAUGUUUCCUACUGAGAUUUAUAGUUUUGCAGUUAGGAUUUUUCUUCCU